UGGGCCAGCUGGGAACUGGCUUCUGCAGAGCAGAGCAUGGGAGCAUCUCGGGGAAAGUGAGCCCUCGUCCAUCAGUCGGCCCAGCCUGCCUCUCCUCUGCCGGCUCAGUAGCCAAGGACCCCAGUAACGCACCCCGCCACCAUGGCCACUUCAGCGAGUUCCCACCUGAGCAAAGCUAUAAAGCAGAUGUACAUGAAGCUGCCUCAGGGUGAAAAGGUGCAAGCUAUGUACAUCUGGAUUGAUGGGACUGGGGAGCACCUGCGCUGUAAAACCCGGACGCUGGACCAAGAGCCCAAGAGCAUUGAAGAUCUACCUGAGUGGAACUUUGAUGGGUCUAGCACCUUCCAGUCUGAGGGUUCAAACAGUGACAUGUACCUUCUCCCUGCUGCCAUGUUCCGGGACCCUUUCCGCAAGGACCCCAACAAGCUGGUUCUUUGUGAGGUCUUCAAGUACAACCGCAAGCCAGCAGAGUCAAACCUACGGCAUACCUGUAAACGGAUUAUGGAUAUGGUGUCCAACCAGAUCCCCUGGUUUGGGAUGGAGCAGGAAUAUACUCUUCUUGGGACAGAUGGACAUCCAUUUGGUUGGCCUUCCAAUGGCUUCCCUGGGCCCCAGGGUCCAUAUUACUGUGGCGUAGGAGCAGACAAAGCCUAUGGCAGAGACAUUGUGGAAGCGCAUUAUCGUGCAUGUCUCUAUGCUGGUGUUAAAAUUGGAGGAACAAAUGCAGAAGUGAUGCCCGCACAGUGGGAAUUCCAGGUGGGCCCAUGCGAAGGGAUUGAGAUGGGGGAUCACCUCUGGAUUGCACGCUUCAUCCUACAUCGGGUGUGCGAAGACUUUGGGGUAAUCGUGUCCUUCGAUCCCAAACCCAUCUCUGGGAAUUGGAAUGGAGCCGGUUGCCACACCAACUUCAGCACCAAGUCCAUGAGGGAGGAAGGAGGCCUUAAGCAUAUAGAAGAGGCCAUUGAGAAGCUCAGCAAGCGGCACCAGUACCACAUCCGUGCUUACGACCCAAAAGGGGGGCUGGACAACGCCAGGCGCCUGACGGGCUUCCAUGAGACAUCCAGCAUCCAUGAAUUCUCUGCUGGCGUGGCCAACCGUGGGGCCAGUAUCCGUAUCCCCAGAAACGUGGGCCAAGAAAAGAAGGGUUACUUUGAGGACCGCCGGCCCUCUGCCAACUGCGACCCUUAUGCUGUGACGGAGGCACUAAUCCGUACGUGUCUUCUCAGCGAAACCGGGGAUGAGCCCUUUGAGUACAAGAACUAAGUGGACUGCUCCCCGACAGAUGCCGCCUGCCCCCAAAUGUGCCCUCAGAAUUACUUCUAGAAGGGACAAGUUAACACUUUGUUUGUGUCCCAGUAACUCUUGUUGUGUUGGGGGAGGGAGCUUUUAGUUCUUGUUGUCUCUUUGUUGAUGCUUGAGAGGAGGAGUGUGCAUGAGAGGAGAAUUUUUACCACUGUUUUGUCUAAUUCAUCUGUAUGUCUGACAGGACCCAGUGGCUUCCAUGGACACAGGGUGAUAGGCUGAAGGAAGGUGGAUGGACAAGAGGCUGUAGUGGGUUUUGCCCAAGAGAGUCUAACUUUCAUGAUAGCAACAUACAUAACUAAACUCUCCAUAGACCAGUUGUCCUUGUAUUUGAGUUAUUUAGGGGAGAAAGGAGUAAAGCAGCUAUGAUAGAUUCUGACACCUUUGCAAACUUAUGCAUGGUGAGAAAUUUCCCUUCUCUGGCUUUGAUAAGACUCUUGGGCAUCUUCUUGCAUUCUACUGUCCCAGCUAAAUGUGGGAGCUGGUAGCAAAAUUCCUCCUUGCUCUGUUAUUGGAAGCCACUCAAUCUCCUGUGUAUAACACAGAGUGAAGUAGUAUGUUUUUUUUAUAUUUAAAUGUAAAAACAAAA